AUGGAUCCCAUAGCAUUCUUUUUUGUGCUCUUGAAAAGCCUCAUCCAGUACCCACAGCCCGUGGCUGACGGUUUGGAUGAGGAAAUGCGUCUGCGCAUGGAAGCGCGUGCCAUGCAUCUGGAAUGGGAGAGGCUUCAGUUGGAGGAGGAGGUGGAACAGCUCACCCAGGAGCAGGUGAAGCAGGUGCAGCUCUUGCAGCUCUUAGCUGUUGCUGUGCUCCUGGUCCUUCUCUUGGUCCUAUGGUUUAUUGGGUGGAAAAGCAGCCAGAGAAGAGAGGAGGAUGAAGAAGAAAACCGUGGAGCAGAUGAAGAGGAAGUGGGCAAUGUUGAGGCAAACGAAGAAGACAACGUAGGAAAUGAAGGUGUCAAUGAGGCUGCAAUUGCAGAAAACGACAACGACAUUGCAGAUGAAGUCCAAGAAGAAGAGGAUGAUUUCGACGAUUACCUUGGAGAAGUUGUAAUGGAACGCAUCCAGUGGCCUGAACAGGACCUGCAGGGAGGCUGUGAGUGGACAGCUGACCUCAUGGAUAAUUAUGCCAUUUACUUUGGCCAUGUCCUCUCAAACAGUUUCUACCCAGUCCUGCAACGAGCCAUCGGGGUGGGCAGUGCCUUUGAAGGCUGGAGUCCCCGUGAGCAGGAUGUUGUCUACAGCAUGCUCAUCCCCAUGACUCCUCCUCGAGGCCACAGCUUCCACCUGGAGCUGGAGAGUGAAGAGCAGAGGCAUGUGAGGAACUUCCGUGUCCGCGUGCAGCUGGAGUGCACCUGCAGCAGGGAGCAGCAGGCUGAGGACAUGCUGUGCUUCCUGCACCACCCCGAGGAGGAGCUGAGGAGCAAUCAGGAUCCCAGCCUCCUAGACACCCUGUGCACCGGCUCCUACCUCGACGUGCAGAAAACUGCCCGCUGGUUUUACCAGCUGGUGAGAGCAAUCUGGCCAGCUCUGCCUCAGUCGCACAACUGGCAUUUAUCGGUGAUGCCCUCCACACGCUCCUGCCAAUUCAAGGUGACCUACGGGCAGGAAAGCUUCAGGAUUGAGCUGUUCUUCGGGGUGCGGAGAGAUGACUCAGCCAUCUUUGUGUGCAGCCAGCCCAGAGAGGCCUACACAGCAAGCACAACCUGGCCCGAGUCGUACGCUGUGGCAGAGGUUGAGUUCUUCAAGCACAUUGCCAGGCAGGCUCCCCCUGACAGCCUGCACCUCAAAUGUCUGCAGUUCUUCACCCGUCUUUCACUGGGCUUCAGCUUUUCCACCUACACCAUGAAGACCAUUGUCAUGCACCUGCUCAACAUCACACCCGUCUCAGAGUGGCGCAGGAGAGAUCUCGUGGUACGACUGCUGGAUAUCAUCAACAGCCUGCACUUAUGUCUGCGAGCAAAAUGCCUCCACCACUUCAUUGUGGGCAAUCAGAGGCUUCCUCAGGACAUCAGUCUACCCGCAGAUGUCCAAAGAGCUGAGCCAUACAAUCUCCUCCAGCACCUGGAGCAGCAGCCGGGUGCCCACACCCAUGCGCUCUAUGAGCCCUUGGCAACAGCCCCUCUGCAGGUCCCUGCUGGCUCCCGGGCAGGGACUCAAAGGCUGCAGGAAGGUGCCCCUGGAGAAGGCCCUGGAGAGCGCUGGGGCCAGGAGUGCCGCCAUGAGGGCAGCAAGCGGGGCCUGGCCCGUCCGUGCCUGCGGCAGGGCGCGGGGCAGGCGCUGAGGCCCUGCCAGCUGGAGCUGGGAGCUCUGCAGGGCGGCCGGCAGAGAGCCGUGGGCUCCCGCAGCUCUGCGGCCCUCACGGCUGAGGCAGCUGCCCGGGCACAGCCGGCUGGGGACACGCGGCCGGCCCGGGGCCACCCGCAUGGGGACCCUGCUCUGGGGCCAGCCCAGGCCGCAGGAGGGAGCAGCCCAUGGGGCCGUGCCCGGCCCGGGAACGGCUCUGCCCGGGACAGGGCUCCGGGAGCAGGCCAGCAGGGCCGCCAGUGCCGGCCACAGUGA